CCGCUACAACAUAGUGCGUUCGUGUUCAUGCUACAUCUUUUAUCUCGGCAUUUUGCUGUCAUACUACGCAUCUAUAAUAACAUUUCUAGGUAAAUGUGGCUGUGAUUAUAAUCAUGUCAACACGUCCAAGCAAAUAAAUAUCGCCGUAAAUUAACCAUUCUCUGCCUCAGUCGCUUGAUGCGCAGACUGCGUCAGAGAUGAUACGCAUACGGGCGUCUGGUUGUUUCUUGCUGCUUAAGAUAGCAUCAAUCGCAUGGUAAGAGACAAGCGUUGUUGGUGUUACGAUGAAGACUAAUACAGAAUGAACAAUAAAACGUAACUCUACAUUGUUAAAACGACAAUAUCAGAGUACUGCGUGCCGCUGAUUUUGUGCAAAGCGCUGGACGUGUUGGAACGAGCUCUCCGUAAAAAAACUACAAUCCCCAUGUUCAGUCCUGCAAACCAGAACUUGUGACGAAAUUAUCCCUGAAGUUGCAGAUUUUAAACACUGUGCAUAACUUCCUAGAAAAGUUCCAGAUCCGAGGCUGUCGCCUGUUUCGGCAGUGUAGCUAAGCAACAGAACUGACAUCACAGACUGAAACUUUUGCGCUUGGGACCCUUCGCCGGUUCUUAAUUACGCGUUACUUAAUUGCCGGUGACGCCAUCACUGUGCGCCCUCCUCGUUAACAGCGGUUCCGCAAUGGAGGUAAACAGAGACGAGGCGAAGCGCUGUGUGGAUAUCGCCUUCAUCGCGCUCAAGAACAAGCAGCUGGACAAGGCUGUGAAGUUUCUGGAAAAGGCCCAACGGCUCUUUCCUACUGACGAGGCUAAAGCUCUGCUGGAGUCCAUUGUGAAAAAUGGGAAACCUUCUAGCCCAGAUGAAGACCCAGGGCUGCGACAGCGAAGACCCGCACAGGGCAACGGCACGGUGCCCGAGGAGAAGGCCACAGACUCGGCCAAGGCGUACACUUCAGAGCAGCUGGAUGCAGUCAAGAGGAUAAAACAGUGUAAAGAUUACUAUGAGAUUCUGGGAGUAAAUAAGGACGCCUCUGAGGAUGAUCUUAAAAAGGCAUACAGAAAAUUGGCACUAAAGUUCCACCCAGACAAAAAUCAUGCCCCGGGUGCGACGGAGGCCUUUAAAGCUAUCGGGAAUGCGUAUGCUGUUCUCAGCAAUGCUGAGAAGCGGAGACACUACGAUCAGUACGGUGGAGAAAAGCCACAUCCGUCCAGAAAUGGGCAAUACAAUGCAGACUUUGAGGCAGACAUUUCCCCCGAAGACCUCUUUAACAUGUUCUUUGGCGGUGGAUUCCCAUCAAGUAAUGUCCACGUAUACAGCAAUGGUCGUAUGCGUUAUACCUACCACCAGAGGCCUGAGAGGAGAGACCACCAGAGGGAUGGUGGCUUGGCCCUCUUUGUCCAGUUAAUGCCUAUCCUCAUCCUCGUGGUCGUCUCAGCCCUCAGCCAGAUGAUGGUGUCUAACCCACCCUAUAGCCUCAGCCUCAGGCCGUCAGCAGGUCACAUUCACAAACGGCUGACGGAGACUUUGAGGGUCCCUUACUAUGUGGGAGAGCAUUUUAACAAGGAGUACAGUGGUGUGAAUCUGAAAAGCGUGGAGAGAAACGUAGAGGACGACUACAUCUCCAACCUCAGGAACAACUGCUGGAAAGAGAAACAACACAAGGAAGGUUUGCUGUAUCGGGCCCGAUAUUUUGGGGACAGCGAUCUGUAUCAGAGGGCACAGAAGAUGGGCACCCCCAGCUGUUCCCGACUGUCUGAAGUCCAGGCCGUGUUGCAUGGUUAAAAACACCAAUUAGGUUGUUUUGAAGUCAUUGAAAAGAGAAGAGGCACAUUUUGCAUCGUGUGUGAGAGAAAGAAAGAAGAGUGUGAGUGUGUGCGUGUGUGCGUGCGCGCGUGUCCGUCCUUCCACUGUGUCCAUAAGGCAUUGGACACUCCAUACACUGUUGAUGGAAAAGGAUUUUUCUGGAGGGAAUGACACACCAGGCUGUUUCCUCUGGCUGGAGACACAGAAGACAAUGCUAGGAAGUGUAAAUCAGAUAAUUUAUUAAAUCUAUCCUGGAUUGACACUUUUUCUGUUCAAGAAACAAAGUUUUCAUAUGUUCUUCUUCGCUUUUCCCGGUUUGUUCGUUAUUCUCAUGGAGGACUUUUACUGGACAAGAAGCGGGAGCCCCUGGUUUGUCCAAGUGUUCGUUUAAACAACGCAGGGAAGAUCACGCUUCGUAAUUUAGCAUAGUUUUGUGUUCCAUGGAAACAGGAGGCUAGUGUUGAACAGACUCAUCCAUUCGUGUUUCGCGUCAGUCCGGAAAAAGGUCUUUUUAUUUUGAGAGCUGGAUCGUUAAAUGUGUUAAUUUUAAAACAAUUAAACUUUUGCCGAAGGA